CUCGUGUCAGAGCGCGCCCCCGGCGCUGUGAGGGCCCCCGCGGGGGCCGUCCGUGCUCCCCGCUCCGAUCCAUGUCCGGAUUUUCGGCGGCGCCGCGGGGCAGCCCGGUCCGCCCGCCCAUGGCCGCCGCCAGCUGCGGGCCCGGGGCGGCGGGGGCCGCGCAGGCUGCGAGCGGCGGGGGCGGACCGGCCGCCGCCAUGGGCCCGGCGGGGGCGGGCGGGCGCUGAGGGGGCGCGGCGGGGGCUCCCUCCUUCCUUCCCUCCCUCCCUCCGCUGUCUGUCCGUCCAGCCAGCCAGCCAGCCGUCCGACCGUCCGUCCCUCCUGCCGCCCGCCCGCCCCGGGGCGCAGGGCGGGAGGCGGGAGCGGCCCCCCGCUCUCCGCACACGCGCACCGGGAGCCGCUCGGCCGCACCGGCGGAGCCGCCGCCGCCGCCCGCCGCCAACCCCCGCCCCGGGGGCGGCUGCCCCGGCGGAGCCUCCAUCUGCAGCCCGGCGGCGGAGCGGGAACAUGGCGGACCUGGAGGCGGUGCUGGCCGAUGUCAGCUACCUGAUGGCGAUGGAGAAGAGCAAGAGCACCCCGGCGGCCAGGGCCAGCAAGAAGAUCACCCUGCCCGAGCCCAGUAUCCGCAGUGUUAUGCAGAAAUACCUCGAGGAAAGGGGUGAAUUAACCUUUGACAAGAUCUUUCAUCAGAAAAUUGGAUUUUUGCUCUUUAAAGACUAUUGCAUGAAUGAGAUCGAUGAAGCUGUGCCUCAGCUGAAGUUCUAUGAAGAGAUCAAGGAGUACGAAAAGCUGGACUCGGAGGAGGAGCGGCUGUCGCGGAGCCGGCAGAUCUACGACACCUACAUCAUGAAGGAGCUGCUCUCCUGUUCCCACCCUUUCUCAAAACAAGCUGUAGAUCAUGUACAAACACAUUUAGCCAAGAAACAAGUGCCAGCCAGCCUUUUCCAGCCAUAUAUAGAAGAAAUUUGUGAUAGUCUCCGAGGAAAAAUAUUUCAAAAAUUUAUGGAAAGUGACAAGUUUACUAGAUUUUGUCAAUGGAAAAAUGUAGAGCUAAAUAUUCAUCUGACCAUGAAUGAUUUUAGUGUACAUAGAAUAAUAGGAAGAGGGGGAUUUGGUGAAGUGUACGGCUGCAGAAAAGCAGACACUGGAAAAAUGUAUGCAAUGAAAUGUUUAGAUAAGAAAAGAAUCAAGAUGAAGCAAGGAGAAACAUUAGCCUUAAAUGAAAGAAUUAUGCUGUCUCUUGUCAGUACAGGAGACUGUCCUUUUAUAGUCUGUAUGACCUAUGCCUUCCACACCCCUGACAAGCUCUGCUUCAUUCUGGACCUCAUGAAUGGAGGAGAUUUGCACUACCACCUGUCCCAGCAUGGAGUAUUUUCUGAAAAGGAAAUGAGGUUUUAUGCUACUGAAAUCAUCCUGGGGUUAGAGCACAUGCACAAUCGCUUCGUGGUGUACAGAGACCUGAAGCCUGCAAAUAUCCUGCUGGAUGAACAUGGGCACGUGAGGAUAUCAGACCUUGGGCUGGCUUGUGACUUUUCCAAAAAGAAGCCACAUGCCAGUGUAGGAACCCACGGGUACAUGGCCCCCGAGGUGCUGCAGAAGGGCACAGCCUAUGACAGCAGUGCUGACUGGUUCUCCCUGGGCUGCAUGCUCUUCAAGCUGCUGAGGGGGCACAGCCCUUUCAGGCAGCACAAAACCAAAGAUAAGCACGAGAUCGACCGGAUGACGCUCACCGUGAACGUGGAGCUCCCGGACUCCUUUUCCCCCGAGCUGAAGUCCCUGCUGGAAGGGCUCCUGCAGCGGGAUGUGAGCAAGAGGCUUGGAUGCCAAGGAAGGAGCGCACAAGAAGUAAAGGAACAUCCUUUCUUCAAAGGCAUUGAUUGGCAGCAAGUCUAUUUACAGAAGUACCCUCCCCCCUUGAUUCCUCCCCGGGGAGAAGUCAAUGCAGCAGAUGCUUUUGAUAUUGGCUCCUUUGAUGAAGAGGACACUAAAGGCAUUAAGUUGCUUGAUAGUGACCAGGAGUUAUAUAAGAACUUCCCUCUGGUAAUAUCGGAGCGUUGGCAGCAAGAAGUAGCAGAAACUGUUUAUGAUGCAGUAAAUGCAGACACAGAUAAAAUUGAGGCCAGAAAAAGGGCUAAAAAUAAGCAGCUUGGCCACGAGGAAGACUAUGCCCUGGGGAAGGACUGUAUCAUGCAUGGCUACAUGCUCAAGCUGGGGAACCCCUUCCUGACUCAGUGGCAGCGGCGUUACUUUUACCUCUUCCCCAACCGGCUGGAGUGGCGAGGAGAAGGAGAGUCCCGGCAAAACCUGCUGACAAUGGAACAAAUAGUAUCUGUUGAAGAAACACAAAUUAAAGAUAAGAAAUGCAUCUUACUGAGAAUUAAAGGAGGAAAACAGUUUGUCCUACAGUGUGAGAGCGACCCCGAGUUUGUUCAGUGGAAGAAGGAGCUGACAGAGGCUUUCACCGAGGCCCAGAGGUUGCUGCGCCGGGCUCCGAAGUUCCUCAACAAGUCGCGCUCCACGGUCGUAGAGCUCUCGAAGCCGCCGCUCAGCCACAGGAACAGCAACGGGCUGUAGGACACACCCACCGCGAUCCCGCAGGGAGAGCUGCUGGCUGCGCUGCAGGGCGGCCCAGAACCCUUGUGCAGAAUGACUUUGUGCCCGGCAGAGAGGAGGAGUGCCGUGUUUACAGCGUGGGACUCUGCGGGAGGGUGGCAGAGGGGACACCCUGCCCCUGGCAGCGCUGGAAGGCACCGAGGGGAGAGGCUGCUCCUUGCUCCCGCGGGGCCCGGCUCAGCUCCGUCCCUCUGGAACUACUGAUGGAAGGAAGAGGUUUUAGAGGUUUUGUUCCCCCCCCCCCUUGCCGUGCCCUCUCUCGGUGGCGCCGGGGGUGGCGCGGGUGCUGCUGGCUGGGUGACACUCCUGCGGUGACACCGACGGAGCCGUGGUGGGUGCCCCUCACUCUGUCGUGUUGCCGUGUGUCCUUCCCGACCAUUACUGCUGACUCUCUGAUAACCUUUGCUCCAUACUGCUGAUGAUCAACAGUGUGACUCCGAUGCACUUCAAAGUACUGAAUUCUAACUGUCCUGUGGUUUAAAUGUUAUUGCUACUUCAUGGGAGCGUUGAACUCGAAUUAUUCCCUGGGUUUGUUGUACUCACUAAUAGUAGCUACCACCGUUUUGCUUCUUCUACGUAUAUGCAGUACUAUAACUGACACAAUAGAGUAAUAAUUGGUGAAGAGGAAUUUAUGGUAGCUUCAUCUAGUGCUCUGUUGUAUAAAUUGACUAUUUUAGCACAGUUUUUAAAGAGCAGAUUCCUUUUGACAAGUUUACAGUGAACAUAAAAGACAGUUCUUUUCCAUUUCAGGUCAACUGCACUUUUUAAAAAAUUAAAAAGAAAUGAUUCAAAUCCGGUGCAUUCUAGAGCAUGUGCUGGGUUCCGGUGUGUGUGGGUACCUCGGUACGUAUCCCGGAUCACUCCUCAGUCCUGGGACUUGGGAUCCUCCUCUGCUGUACACAGGUGUGUUCCCAUAGCAUAGAAAUCCCCAGAGAUCCCCAGAAAUCCCCAGUUCCCCCUGGAGCCCAGCCCAGCAGGUUCGUGCACAUAUCACAGCUCGGCUUCUCUCAUUAUCUGUUCUGAAGAGUUCAAACUGCCCACAGCAAAGGUAGUGUGAGAAAUCUGAGUGUGGAACUGAGAGAACGAGCUGAUCAAAUGCCAGGUUUGUGUUAAUUCUACCUGAGGCAUCAGGUGUGUUGGGUGCAAAGUCUGGCUGGAGGAAAGAUCUAAUCCUGAGCUGCCCCAACAGCUUCAAGCUGGGCUUUGCAUCAUGCUGGUUUGUAAGAGAGAGGUCAGGCCUGAAUUUAAGCUUUUUUUUCCAAUUCAGUGAACAGCUUAGAGAAGAUUUUUCUUCCCAGCUACAGAGGUACAACUCUAGCAGUCCCUGAAGACAGUGGAGUUGUGCCUGUGUAAGUGGGAGCAGAAUUUGUGCGUGGUUUGUCGAGCGUGUGUGGCUGUCAGAUCACCACAGAGUUCCUUGGAGAAAAGUAGUAAAAGUGGCUCUGUUUGCUUCUCCAUGGGAGCUGGCUUUGCUGCAGAGCUUGUGCAAACCCUGGCUCACCACCUGGGGCUGCACCAAAGGGAAAAUGCUUUCUGGAAAAUACCCCCUGUGAGUCAGUGGCUCCUUUCAAUGGUUUCCUCCCCCCCAUUUAUUUUCCAGAUUAAACAGUACCAGCCUCUCUGUCAUUCCUGUUGAGCAUCUCAGCUCCUCUGCAAGGAGCAGUGUCAGAGGUGAUUGGUCAGAGGUUGGACUUGAUGAUCUUGGAGGUCUUUUCCAACCUAGAAUGAUUCCAUGAGUAUUUGUGUGGUAUUUAAGAAGUGUUUGGGAUAGAGAAUGUCUUAUCCCACUGGCUGUGGUUCAGCUUUCCCUACAAUACCCAUGCAAUGCUUGUAUUUUUCUCCUUGAUUUAGAAGAAUGCCCUCAGAUGGUGUUAAAACCUUCUCACAGUUCUUGAGUAACUUGUUUUUACUUUCUUAGUGCUGCUCAGUUCCAUUAUUCUCCUUCAGUUGUUUCCCAUGGCUGGAUUUCACUCUCACUCCCUGUCAGCAGAUUCCAGUGCCGAUGUCAGUGAGGGAGGAGCAGGUCAUCAGCUGGGAAAUUGUGCCUCAAACCCAGAGAUUUUAUAUGAAAUGAAGGCUGUGUAUUGACUUAGGGAAAUACAUCCAUUUUGGAAUGUGAUGGAGUUGGGAAUAUCCUCUUUAUCCUGGUCCUUGCUGCCCCAUCCAACCUCCAGUGCAAAAGUUUUGGAUUUCUUUAGCCAGCUGAUAUAUUGGCAGUUGAAAAUCUGAUUUAUUAACAAAAUGAAAAUAGCUUUAUUUUUGUGACUUGUAUCUAACUGUGCAGCUAGGAGAGGAGAGGUGAUCACAGAGACAAACUCCUGAAUGGAAGUGGGAUCCCAGUAAGAAAUGGGGCUCUGUGUGGAAGUGACUGGAUGUGCUGGUGUGGAGGGAGAGUUGGAAUUGCACCCUCCAAACCAAAAAAUCCUGGAUACUGCCCCAGACUGCUCCUUCCUGGUGUAGGAACCAGAAUCUCUGAAGUUUUUGUUUUGGACAAAGAUUCCUGGUGGUGUUAAUUUGCAGGAGGAUCUUUGGCUGUGCGUUUAGGAUCCAUUGUUUAUUUGCUAAUUAUUUUGCAAAUGCAUGAAACUGUUAAAGGAGCAUUCACUGUGGGGUGUUUUUUGUGUUGUUUUGUUUUUGUUUUUUUUCAAUCCUUCAUCCAAGUGUUGGCCAUCCACUACUCCAAGUGUAAAUCUUCCUCUGAGCUGUGUUUGAGCUCUGUGUGUUCUUGUCCCUGGUCCAGCAGAGCCUCGGCUGCAGGCUCAGGGGUUCUUCCCAAAGUGCUGCUGUGAGAGAAGCUGGAGUAAUGCUGGAGUGGAUCCAGCUGGGAUUGACAUUCCUGGUAUGUUCCCCCACCCCCCAGCAGGCUUCAAAAAAUCUUGGAGCAGGCUAAUAAUAGCUGGAAGUGUGUCUGGGAAGGGAAGCCUGGCAGGUAGGGAGGGAGGGAACAGCUUCAGGGAUAGAGCUUGGCUUAGUCACAUUUGGGUUUUCCUUAAUUUCUUGGGGUUGCCCAGAGCUGGACUCUGAUGAUCCUUGUGGGUCCCUUCCAGUUCAGGAUAUUCCAUGACUCUGUAAUUCAGCACCUCCCCUUUAGAAACCCAGUGGAAGAUUUUCCUCUCCCACUUCUAUCAAGGGGGGAAAACCCAGAAAUCAAAUUGUGAGGUUGGGUUUGGCUUGGAGAUAAAUCAGCUGUUUGCAGCCCAGUGUGGAGGUGUGGAAACACUGGUUUGUGCUAAAAAAGGCUUGUUUUGGUUGUGAUCCUGCCCAGAGUGGCCACUGCUGGUGCCCAGAGGAGCUCUGGGGCUGAUGUGCCCUGAGCAGGGGUGACUCCAUCAUCAUUCCUCCAUUUACAGGGAUCACCUCAUGAGGAGUGAAAUCCCUGGAGCUCUGAGCUGCUCUUUCCCUGGCAGCUGGUCAGCUUUAGGAGCAGUUCCUUGAUUCCUUGUCCAUAUCCAUGUCCCACAGCAGUGUCACCUCCCAGCACGUGGCAGUGACACGGCUCCUCCACCUCUGAGUGUUUGCACCCAAAAUACCCCCAGAGGAAGGACUGUUUGAAGUGUACAGUAGACAAUAAAUAAUUCUAGUUGUGUUGAUUAAUAUAAGGAAUGAGUCAGAUCUACAAAUUAAAGGAAGAGGAAAUCUGAAAAGCGUAUUUUGACAAAGCAUAGUAUUAAUUUUAAUAUUGUAAAAAAAAAAAAAGGAAAGUAUCUAAAAUAUACAGAGAAAAUAUGUAUAUCCAAAUGUCUGAGGAGUUUCAAGAUAAUCUACUUUUGUUUCCUGUUGGUUUCUAUUCCAUGGUGUACAUAUUGUGUGGAUGGAACAUUGGCUGUUUUAAUACUAUUGUUAAAUUGUAUUUUUAUUUUGUGUUAAACUAAUCAUCACAGACUCAGCUUUAUUUUGUUUAUGUAAAGGUUGCUAUGCUCUGUAGGUAUAAACCCGAGAAUUCUAUUUUAACAGAAAAAGCAUUUUAUAUUAUUUAUUAAAUACAUGUUUCUCCAACUUCUGACAUUCCACAGAAUUUCUGCUCCGUGUGUGUAGGGAAGUGGCAGCUCCUUUCAAGCAGGAUCAGCCAGCUUUAUUCUGUUUUUCAUGACAAAGUAGGGAUAGAUUCCCUCAGGCUGUGCAGCCCUUCUCUCCCAGCACAGGGACUCCAGGCUCUGUCAGGACCAUCUCAGAAACACCUGGAAAACUCCUGCAAAUCCACCCCUCAAUGGGAUAUUUCCCAAAUUCUCCUUUAUCCCUCAGCACUCCCAGAGCAAGUGUUUAUUCACAGGAGUCUGUGCUGAGUUAAAGAGAGUUUGUGACCUAACCUGGGGCAAGGAGUCAGCGUGGUGUUUGAUCCAGCUCAGCCAUCAGGGAAUUGCAGAGCUCUGUCAUUGCCAGGGGAAGGAGUGAGUGACCUGCAGGAUCCAAAAUGUCCUUACUGGAGAUGGGUUUGGUGUUUGAGGGGAUCCCUUGAUCCUUAAAAACAGGAUCCUGAGGCAGCAGCAGUGCCUGCCCUAGAGCCAGGCAGGAGCCUGCUUGGUGUCACAUCCCAGGGGGCAGCAGCCACCCCAGGACCUGCAGGGACUGUCCCUUGGGGUGUGGGGAGGUGGGUGACCCCCCUGGGGUGCCACCUCUCCAGGAGCUGCCUCUGCUGGGCACAUCUGGGCACAUCUGCAGAGCCACCCCCAGCACCUCCAUCCCCAGUGAGGUACAGAAAUAGCCCUAAACUUAUCAGGUCGCUCAGUUCCUAAAAAUAAUUCCAGUUGUGAGCAUGGCCUGUGCAGUUUGAGGAAUGCCUGAGGUGUAACAUUGUGUUCUCUCAUUUUCCAUGGUGGUGGGGCUGGAGGUCUGUGCUGGUCAGGGCUGAUCCCUGUUGCAUUUCCAGGGUGAAAUGGGGCAUUUUCCUGCUGCUGAAGUUUCCUCCUUACUGAGGGGCUGCCUGGGGCAGGGAGGGAUCCCUGCUGUGCUCCCCAGAGCAGUCUCUGCCUUCUUUCCCAUUUUCCUCUCUCAAAAUCCCAAUGGAUUUUGGGGUGAGCUGGUGGUGGCUGAGACUGUGCUGGUGGCAUUGUGGCUCCUUAGUGUCACCCCUGGAAAGGUGCUGUGGUGGGGACAGUGCUGAGCCUGGUGCUGCUGGCCUGAGGUGUGUCCAGGCAGGGAUUUGGCAGAGAACCUGGGGACAGCUGCAGGAAGGUGGCUUUGUCCAGGCCAGGUUGGUCUGGCUGUGUGACACGCUGUGUUUCCAGGCUGGAAAAGGAGAUGGGCUGGGAAGAGGCUUUCCUGUUGGUAGCAGGCAUCUCCUCAGGGAAAGGGAGAGAACAGUGGGUGAGAUGGCACAAAAAAUGUGUGUGAAAAACAGAAUAAAGCAGGAGCAUCCUCAGAGAGGAGAUUUGUGAGCAGUGCCUCACUAACUAGGUCCUUUAAAACAAAAAGGAGCAGAUUCACACGAACAGCUACUCACGAUGAAGGAAAUAAUCGAAAGAGAACCUGUCCAAAAUGUGUAAUUAAUGGUAAGCAAAGCCAGGAUCUGUAAAUAACUUUAGAUAUUGUAUCGAUGAGAUCAUUCCUUGUUUUAUGUACUUGGCUCUUUCCAUAUUUAUUGUGGGGAGGAGGGUCCCUGUGAGCUGUGGCCUCGCUCCUCACGGACUGUCCCGGAGUUUACAGCCCCGUCGUGGCGGGUGUGCCACACUCGGUUCUUGCCGCCAGUAUUUUUUUUAAAGGAUUAUUUUGGCACAGCUAAGCUGCUUCUGUGUGUUGGUCAGUACAACUGCUCUCCUACAACCAGACCCCAAUAAAAACCGUCCUUUGCGUGUGU